UUUAUUCUCCAAACGAGAACGAUUUAAAAAAAAAACAAGGAGUAGAAGAUACAAUAAUUGCGAAUAAACUGCUGUUUAUCACAACUAUUGAUUUAUUUUGGGUGUGAUUCAUAUUCAUUUCUGUGAUUAUAGUCAUCUCGUGCUUUUGAGGUCAAUAUUUAGAUCGCAACAAUGAAUAAAAAUUUGGUGGACCGUAUUCUGAAUGUGUACAAAUCAACUGAGCCUCUCAAAUUAGAUCUGCCAGUUCCUUCUAUUAACCAACGCGUACAUGAAGACAUGAUAUUUGAUAAAGGAUCUUAUUUUCCUAGUACUAGCCAAUGUAGCAAGGAAUCAGAAACAGAAUACGUAAAGGAAUAUGUACAUAAAGAGGAACAAGAAUACAUACAGAUGAAAAACAACAUGUUUUUCAAGACUGAUGAUAUGGACAACAUAUCGGAGAUAUCUGAAGAAAUAGCAGUUCGCAAGGAAGAUACUAUUCGACUUUACCAAACGUACAACUUUGCCUAUCGACCCCAAAUUAAUUUAGCUGUUCUAUCUAUGAAAAACAAAAUUGUGUCUAUGAUUGCAAGCAAUUCUGUCGUCAUCAUUCGUGGUUCUACAGGUUGUGGGAAAACAACACAAGUGCCACAACUUAUUCUUGAUGCAGAAUUUCAAAGGAAGCAGCACUGCAACAUCAUAGUAACACAGCCAAGGCGUAUUGCUGCCAUGAGUAUUGCUAAACGGGUCAGUCAAGAAAGAGAUUGGCCCGUUGGUACGCUUGUGGGAUAUCAAAUGGGCUUAAUCAAAAAUGUAAACCGCGACACUCGCAUAACUUAUUGCACGACUGGCGUGCUUUUAAACAGGCUGACGAACAAGAAGCAUAUGAUGGACUACACUCAUAUUAUAUUAGAUGAAGUACACGAACGCGACGAAGAUAUGGAUUUCCUUCUGUUGGUAGUGAGGAAAUUAUUACGUACAAAUUCUACAAUGGUUAAAGUUAUACUGAUGUCCGCGACAAUCGACGUGGAUAAAUUUUCAUCGUAUUUUUCGACACCCGUGGAAGAUCAACUUUUACCUGCUCCAAUCAUCGAUAUACCUAAAGGUGGUCCUUAUGAAAUUUCUAUAUAUUAUAUAGACGAGCUGGAGAAUUUGGGUGUAAUACCUGAAAUAUCCGAGCAACCAGCAUUCAUGGCCUCUAUAGCGGAAUUUGCCGCACGUGUUAUAGAAAUUUUCGACGGUAUUGAUAACAAAAAUAAUGUUCCAAAUUAUGAAUUCGAAAGGGCCGCUGUGCUAGUAUUUUUACCAGGAUUUAGUGAAAUCGAGGAUUUACGUUCUAUACUUCUAUCAGAGAAACAUGAGGGUACACAGUGGGAUAUAAUUAUUUUACAUUCGUUGAUCUCAACCGAGGAACAAGAAAAUAUAUUUAAGAAACCACCGAAAAAUCAUCGGCGUAUCAUAUUAUCAACGAACAUCGCUGAGAGUAGCAUUACGGUACCCGAUGUUAAAUACGUGAUUGAUUUUUGCUUGACAAAACUUCUUGUCACCGAGCCUGGAACUAAUUAUCAAUGUCUGCAACUUUGUUGGGCAAGCAAGUCAAAUUGUCAGCAACGUGCUGGACGUACAGGCCGUGUAAUGGAUGGUAGAGUAUACAGAAUGGUAUCAAGAGCAUUUUACGAGAAUGUGAUGAACGACGAAUCUGUUCCGGAAAUGCUCAGGGCUCCACUUGCGAAUGUCGUUCUUAAGACGAAAUUGCUGGAUAUGGGUGAACCAAAAGCUCUCCUCGCUCUUUCACUAGAUCCACCUAAUCUUAGCAACAUACGGAGCACUAUAUUGUUAUUAAAGGAAGUUGGUGCGCUGCUUAAUAGAGAUACACAAGAAUUUGAUGGAGAUAUGACGCCUUUGGGUCUUGUAAUGGCCAAUCUUCCAUUAGACGUGCACGUAACGAAGUUUGUUAUUCUGGGUCAUAUUUUCGGCAUCCUGUCGGACGCAAUCAUUAUCGCGGCUAGCAUGACUGUUAAGGAUAUAUUCAAUAUCGGAUUUCACGAAUUAGAGACAACCUAUCACGAAAAAAUGCAUUGGUCCGCUAAGUCCGAUAGCGACAGCAUAGCCUGCUUGAAUGCUUUCAAAGUGUGGCAAAAUGAUAAGGCAAAUCGUCGUAUAAACAAUCCUAAUCAGGAAAGAGAAUGGGCGCGACGAAAGAGUCUCCGCGUGAGAUCGCUACGUGAGAUCGAUGCCUUUAUAAGUGAGAUAAAACAUAAGCUGUACCAAUUUGGCAUAAAAGAGACGACGGGUCCUGAGAGAAUCACUUGGGAAAGUCUCUUUAUCGAUCGAUAUUUUGUACUUAAAUUUAUAAUCGCCGGUGCAUUUUAUCCCAAUUAUUUCGUCAAAUUUCCAUAUAAAGUAAACGAACGCAUACAAGAUAUAAAGAAGAUGUUAGCUGAUCGCGAUCCGACAAAUACAAUCGUCCUACGAGGCUGGCCGAUUAAACAGCCUGGGUCAUUGUACUCUAAAAGAUUCCAAGAGAUCUUCGGACAGCAUAUGCUCAUAGACCCCAAAGACUACGAGAACAUAACCGUAUCCUUCGACGGAUCGAACCGUGUUUAUAUAGAAUAUGAGCAAAAGAAUCGUGUAAUGUCCAACUACACUUUCGUUCGGAAUUCUGUUAAAAUCAGGCAAUGUCGGAUCCCGAUCCAGAUAAACUUAUUAAGCCAGAUAGAUGCUUGUCGCAAAGCCGAAGAUCUUGGGCUUACAAAGGAUUACGGAAGAAUUCUGUUCGACCAACCUACCAAACCGAAUGAACCACCAAGUAGACGAUACAUGUAUGAUAAAAAACCAUAUCCGGAUUUACCGGAAAGUUACGAAUAUCAAUCCAAGGUGACGUUGCAAGGUCCCUUUUCGCCGAUAGAGGUUCAACUUGUUCAUAUGCUAACUAAUGGACUAAUAAAAAAAGUCAUCAUGGAAGCCACAUCGGUCAACUCCGUUCUCCUUGAUACUUGUCCGGAAAAUCCAAAUGGAAUUUUUCUAGUGGCGCAAAACAUCAUUCGAGAUUCCAAGAAUUUGGGACACCUGACUCUACGGAACACAACCCUCUUGCCCACUACACCUGGCCUCACAUCGCUAAUUACCUUAAUUUUUACACCGUAUAUGGAACUGCGACGUAGCCCUAUGGGCACUUAUUACAUAGGCGCUCUGUGUGGACUGGGAUACAAUCGUACUACAGGGGAAAGCUUGUUUCCGGAUCAUGAUGUGGAAAUUAUGUUUGACGUCGAAAUUACGAUGAAUGAUUUACGAAUGAUUAAUAAGUUACGUCAUUGGAUGAAUAUUGCUAUGCACUUCAAUGCUAGAUCUGAAAUUGUAGACGAGGAUGCUCAUCACGAUAUGACUGUAAAUUGCCAAAAUCAAGUUAAAAAUGCAUUCAAAGAUGUGAUAUACAAAACUCGUAACAAAAUAGAUCCAGUUCCAAUCAGUAACUUCGGCAAAUGGAACCGAUAUGAUGAGACUCUGUUUCUCGUGCCUGCUCGGGAAACAUCAAAGAAAAGUAACGUCUACAGUUUACACAAAGCAUUAGAAUUAAAUGACAGAAAUGACAAACUUGAAGAAAUGAUCAGGCACCUGUUAGAAUUAGAGGCUUUAGCUCAUCAGGAUCCGCGUGAGAAGAGUGUUGGACUCGUUAUUUGCAAAUUGUGUCUAACGGAAGUAUACGGCAUUAUCAACCUUCGUGCACAUCUGUGCUCGAAAUAUCAUAAAAAGAAACAACAAAUGAUAGAUACAACUUCUGAAUUUGGAGAAAAUCUGCAGAGUCUUAUGGACAAACUGGCGUUAUAAUAAUACAUAAAUUUAAAUUAUGGACAAAUUGAGGCUAUAAUAA